AUGUGUGGACUACAACAUCCAGAUCCUGACCGAUGUUGCUUUAUUUGGGGCAGCUUCUGGGACAAGUACCGCCUCGUUCACGGGGACGAGGGCCGGUCCAAGAAGAAGAACCCAUUGCUUGUGAUCUCGGCCCACUCGAUUUUGGGGUUGGGCAGCGGUGUUCACUCGCAUCUUCAUGAUACUGAGCCCUACGACAAGCAAGAACUGAACUGGACGGGACACACUGCUGCAACUCGAUGGCUUCUUAGUGUGCUCCCACGGGCAAUGUACGACGACCAGCGAUCGGACAACUACCAGCUGCUUCUGAAGCAUUUGGUCGACGACAUGAAAGAGCUUUUUGAAACAGGUCUUGUGGAUCCGUUGACUGGCCACACCCACUACUUUUGCAUACUCAACAUCAUUGGAGACUGGCCAUUUCUGGCCAAGUCAUUCGAAUGGACCCGGACGUUUGGAAAUUCGGCCAAGAAGGCCACGGCCAAGAAGGCGCCGACAGGAAUCUGUCAUGCUUGUUGGGCGGACAAGCCCGGAUACCCGUUUGAGGAUUUCGAAAGCGCCGAGCCGAGAUGGAGGCAAACCCUCAACCGCGACGAUCCGUACAUUACCAAGCCGAUCCUCAUGGAGCUUCCCCACGAUCCCGCAGACCCAUCUGGUUUUGCAGGCCAAGACUACUUCCGCGGGUUUCAUCUAGGAGCCGGGAAAAUUUUCGUUUCUUCAGCGCUCGCCCUCCUUUCAGGUUUGUUCCCGGGUACGAGCUUUCCAGCACGCUUCAAAGCCAUGGAAACCGAUCUAUUCGGGUGGUGUGCUACAUACAAGCAGUAUCCGUAUAUCCGCAAGUUUACCAGGCAUACCAUCGGCUGGCCUCAUGCCACUGAGGCCCCUCUUGGAGGGUGGCACAAGGGCUCCACUACGUUGUGUCUUUUGCGCUGGUUCCUUUUCUGCUGUUCGCAGCGACGAGGCAGCAUCAUGAGCGGAUCUCUUCUUUACAUGUGCUGGGAGGCUGCUUGGGAGAUCGAUAUGUUCUUCUCAGGCAUCUACAGGCAGAAGAUUUGGAUUGAGGCAGAUACCGCCAAAGCUUUGGGACGUCGGGGCAUGCGUUUUCUUCAAUUGAAUGGACGGUGCGCUCAAGCAGCCUUUCGUCAAAAGCUUCCUUUCUUCCAGUACAUGCCGAAUCUACACAGGCUCCAUCAUCUGUUCUUCCAGUUGGUGGACCAGGCUCUCGAGAAGAGUCCACACGAGAUCCGUCAUACUGCGAGUGCUGCAAAGGACAUUGGAAUCUUCACAUGCUAG